AUGACACAUAUGAUAAGAGAUAUAAACGUAGUUGAGAAAACUCCAAGUCUUACACAAAAUGAAAAAGAAGAAAUAACGAUAGAUAUUGAAGGAAAUCCUCAAGAUUUAAAUACUAAUCAGGAAAUUCUUAAACAAAUGGGUGAUGAUGGAGUAGUUAAGAACACAGGUCAAACAUCAAUUCAUAUAGAAAAAGAAUUCAAGGAAAAGUCCGAACCAAAUGCAGAAAACCACACUACAUUUAAAUAUGGCGGUACGGAAAGAAAAUCACCAGCAAUAUGGGUGCAGUAUAAUCAAGCUUAUGGUCAAGGCCAAGGAUAUGCCCAAUACCAGGGAUAUGGUCAGCAACCAAACUAUGGUGGUGGUCAAAAUUACGGCGGUGCCCCAAUGGAAUACGAUCCCCGGUCCCGAAAUUACUUUGUUAAAUUUGUUUUUACCAUAUUAUUUAUGAUGUUAUUAAUAACUGCUAUUAUUGGGAUUUUUAUUAACAUUUCGAUUGUUUUGGUUGCAAUGAACUACGUAAUGGCAUUGUCAGCAUGUGCUAGGGUACCACCUUGCAACUUUAUAUCGCUUAUCAUAGUGGUUUUAGCAACGAGCAAUCUGGUGGGAGCCAUUACCGUCCGAUACAGAACUCACAUUUUGAUAUUUGCGCUUUUAGCUACUUUGGUUACCGUAGCUGUUUGUAUACUCUUGGCUUGUUCUAGUUUCGAUUUUACGAAAUGGUACCUCUAUGUUGUGGUAAUAGCUGUCGUGUUCGUUGCUAUUUCAAUGAUGGUGUCUGUCGCUAUGUUAGUUAUGCAAAUUCGAUACAAGCCUUUGCAAAUCGUAUUGCUGUUUGUAGGCGCAAUGAUAAAUGUUGUGAUAUUGGUGUUGGAACUACAAAUGAUAUUGGGCGGUAGAGCUAUAGAAAUAAGCGAGGAUGAUUACGCGUUUGCCGCUUAUUUGCUUUAUUCGUCAAUUGUUGAUAUAUUUUUGAAGAUGGUACAAAUUUUGGGCCUGUUUGACGAGUGA